UGGGUCUGCACAGUCAAUUCCAGAAUCAUUUUGUUAUUUGUUUGCUGUUUUAUACAAUGAUGUUUUUAUAAACAUUUAUCUUUUUGCAUUUGACAGAUAAAGGGUCCAUGGUUAAUAAUCUUAAUCGUGUCAGCUACUCCUUCUUUAAGUUUUUUCUGGAAUGAUAAUUUUCCAACGGAAGCCGAUGUAGACGAGGCCUUUAGUUUGACAUCAUGGUUCAACAGCAACACUUCACGAGAUAUGAUCAUCAAAUACCUUAUUUUGUGUCCAGAACAAGACAUGUGUCUUGGGCCGAUGUUCAAACGAAACUACACUUUCACGGAAAAACCUGCUUGUACACCGUGUGAAUGCGACGAUUCCUGCGUUAGACGAUCCACCUGCUGUCCCUCCAAGUUCUACAGACAGACGGACACUCCAGACUUUAUUGAAUAUCAACAGAAUGUAAAUGUUAAAGAAAAUGAAACGGUGAUGUCAUGCAUGGAGCCAUUGUGGAACCCAGAAGGAAUCAGGUCUAGAAAGUCGUACUGGGUGGUGGAGACGUGUCCUAAUAAUGUUAAAUGUAUAUCAUCACCUUCUAUAAACAUAACUAAUUCAAUACCUGUGACGUCAUUGACUACCAACCAAACUUAUCUUAAUGUACAAUGCGCACUGUGUAAUCAAGAAGAUAUAACCAAACUAGUUGUUUGGGAAAAGAAAAAGUUUUGUACUAUUCGAUCUGCGCUCUUUUCCAACAAAGACGUUGCCACUCUCUAUAAGUCAGUCUUUUCCGUGACACCGGUUUGCAACAUUGGAUUUCAUCCUUCUUCAUCUUUACACGAUUCAGUAAAACAAUGUGUUGAAUAUACAAAUGAUGGUAAUUGCAUUGAAUCAAAUAUCCCAAGAAAUAGAAUGGGUGCCUAUCUAAAAAGGGCUUGCAAGGAUUUUUACAUACCAUACUUUUCGGAAGAAAUAGUGUACAAAAAUAUUUACUGUGCUUUAUGUGAGCGUGUAAUCACUGAUCUCCCUAUUCAAAUUACUUUAGAAGGACUGCAUAACAAUGCUGAUUUAUUGCCAACACCCUUUUCGGCACUCAUUGACUUUCAGCAGAUUUCAGAUGAACCAAUCCAAAAUAGCUUAGAGUGUGCAACAAAUCAAAUCAAGGAUAAUAAAAUGAACAUGUGCCUGGAUAUUCAGUGUGAAGUGGAAUAUGUGUAUCACAACCAAUCCUGCAGUCUUGUCCACCAAAUGGUUAACGAAAACAAUUACGAAAUAAAUCUUAUGAUAUAUCAUGUUCAUGAAAACGAUUUACCUCCACUUGAUAUCUAUUCAAUAGGUAUUGUCAACGCACUGCGAGAUGUCAUGAAAGAAAACAACUUGGAAGAUUUUCUCUGUAGAAUUACUGUCUUGGGUCCCUCUGAACCAUUUGGCUUUUACAUGGCAGUAGUGAUUGAACUUUCAAUUAACUACCUUCACAAUAUUAAUCAAAUGAUAAAACAUUUGUUAAAUAUAUUUAAAAGGUACCAUGUUUUGGAAAUUCCAAUUUUGUAUCCAAUGGAUAAAAUAGUCAAUAUCUCCAUUUCUCUUGUUGGGCAGAGUUUCCAUGUUUACGGAAACAGUCUUUUUGAAAAAUAUUUUGAACAUCGUUUCUUUGUUAAUCCGAUGAGCGGAAAAGAGAUGAAAGUACAUCAAAGUUUCAGCAUGGUGAAUUAUGGAAAUGCUAAGCAGCGACCAAAUUGUUUAAGAGGUGGUAUGAUGUCCAUAGUGGCUGAUUGGUACCUUUGUCCAAAGGUAAAAAUAAAUGCAGCAGAUACAAGAAUUGAUGUGUCAAACUUCUCUGUUUGUCUUGUUGAUUAUGAAAUCUGCUUGGCAUCAAACUAUUUCAAAGAGUCAUUAGACAAACGCAGUGUUUUGAUAUGCUUAUACCAGUUUCUUCAUUCUGUUAAAUUUGUCAAUAAUAAUCUUAAGCUUCGAUCGUCAGAUGAUUUAAUGGCAUCCCUUUCCCUUGUCUGUCUUUCUCUUUCGUCCCUUGGUGCAUUGGCAACGAUAUCAACAUUUUUUGUGAGUGGGUCAUGCAGUCGGAUUGCUGAUGUAAAUAUCAUUGUUCUGGCAGUGUUUAUUAUUUUAGCGAAUACAGCUCACAUCGUCUCAAAGUAUUUUGUCUGGAGUCAAACGUUGUGCACUGGAGUUGGAAUGUUAGUACAUUUUAGCUGGCUUUCUGUCAUCUGCUGGAUGAGUUUAUCUUUCUUUCAAAUAUUUCAGACAUUUACGUCUUUCCGCAUUUCGAAAGUGAAAGUCAUCUCAAAGAUUUCAUAUUGCUUAAUAGUAAAUCUAAUUAUAUGCUCAUCUAUGGUAGCUAUCAACGUAACUGUAAGUUAUGUUAGAAGUAAUGGAGAAAACUUGGGUUAUUCUCUACAGACAUGUUAUAUUGCUGACUCUGAUAUGAUUAUGUACACAUUUGCUCUACCUAUUGGAUCGUUUAUGGUUAUCAAUAUCUUUAUGUUUUUAGUAACAUCAAUAAAAAUUUUUAAAAAGAUAAACGUUCAAAAGUCGAAGGAUGACCGCAAAUUUGGAGCAUAUUUUCGGCUGUCCACCAUUACUGGCGCAACAUGGAUGUUCGCGUUUUUGGCUCAGUUCACUGGAUUUCAGUUGUUUGAAAUUGUACAUACCGUUCUAAGUGGUGGCCAGGGUUUGUUUCUUUAUCUAGCUUUUGGAAUUUCGCUUACAACAAAACACAUACACAACAAUCAUGGAAGAGAUAUGAAGUAUUCAACACAAACUGCGUCUCAGAAAUGAUAUCCGUUCUGGGUCUCGAUAUGUUCAUAAACAAAUGAAAAAGAAAUCAACUGUAAUCGGAAUCUGAACUGUUGUUGUUAAUGUUGUAACAAUGUAGUGAAAACAUUUUCUAUAUCAAAGAUAUUUGAUUCUUCUAAAGAAAUUUUAACAAAAUCAUACUCCAAAUAACACUUUGAAAGUCUAUAAUGAUGUUUUGUAAGUAUAAAUUAAAAAUAAUAUUAGAAUAAUGAUUUAGCAAUAAUUGCACAUUUUUUGUUAAAGAAAACAGUUUUCAUUAAAUUAUUUUACAGUGAUUGAAUGUUCAAUAACAAGUUGUACGCAGUAAGAUGCAAGAGGCAGAUGGGGCAAUUUUUCAUGAUGUGAAUUGUCGACCAAAGCAUCUUGCUUCUUUUGUUUCAACAUUAUUAUAUAGGUUCUGGGAGAAAAAGUAUUUAGAAGAUAUGGCGACCAUAUAGCAACACCAUAAACUCUUGUCUCCAUACAGAGAAUGUAAUUGAGUUACACGAAAAUACUAAAAAAUAUCACAUUGUAAUUGUUUUAAAUUAGUUUAAAUAAUAUUUAAGGGUUAUGUAUUUAAUGAGGUAUUAUAAUUUAAAGUUUUGCAUUGUACAUAUAUUUAAUAAAUUAUGAAAAUCAUAAAAAA